AUGGAAAAUGUGACAAACCCUGAAGUAUUCACACUAUCUGGAUUGAAUGAAAAAAAAGAAUAUAAAUACAUCCUUUUCAUCCCAACUCUCCUAUGCUAUUUGAUGAUUUUGCUUGUAAAUUUGGCAAUAAUUGUUGUUGUUGUUUGGGAUAGAAAUCUCCAUGAACCCAUGUACUUAUUUUUGUGCAAUUUGUGCUUCAGUGGACUCUACGGAACAACUGGAUUUUACCCUAAGUUUUUACAUGAUUUGUUGUCUGACUUGCAUGUAAUUUCAAGGGUUGCUUGUCACCUUCAGGUGUUUAUUAUUUACUCCUAUGUUAAAAGUGAUUAUUCAAUUUUGGCUGUGAUGGCAUAUGAUAGGUAUGUGGCCAUAUGCAGACCACUGGAGUAUCAUUCUAUUAUGACAAAGAAGACUAUUACAUGGCUGAUUGUCUAUUGCUGGAUUGUUCCAAUCGUUUUUGAAUCCCUGAUUCUUUAUUUAAGUUUACGUCAAGUUUUAUGCGGCUCACACAUCGAAAAAAUGUACUGUGAGAACUGGGCUAUUGUUAAGCUGUCUUGCUUUUCUGUUACAACAAAUAAUAUAUUUGGAUAUUGUGUGAUAGUUAUCUAUUUUGGACACAUGAUUUAUAUUGUGUGUACUUAUUUUAAACUUAUCAAGACAUGCGUGAAUUCCAAAGAAAAUAGAAGCAAAUUUAUGCAGACAUGUCUGCCUCAUCUGGCUGCAUUAAUGAACGUAACUAUUGCUCUGCUUUUUGAUUUAAUGUAUUCCAGAUAUGGCUCAAAGGACAUAUCACAGGAUUUGAAAAAUACACUUGCAAUAGAGUUUUUAGUCAUACCUCCUCUUCUCAACCCACUUAUAUAUGGUCUCAAAUUGACUAAAGUGCGCAGUAGAGUUUUUUGGUGGUGUAUUAAAUAUAAGUAA